AUGGGAGCAGGAGGACAAAGCCGGGGGAUGCGGUCUUGGUGGCUCGCUCUCAGUUUCUCUGUGAUGCUCAGCUGCGUGGAUCCGAGUUCAGCUCAGAUAAAAUAUUCUAUCCCAGAGGAAGUCAAGGUGGGAUCUGUUGUUGGAAACAUUGCGAAGGAUCUGGGAUUGGACGUAAACACGUUGGAGGAACGGAAAUUUCGCAUUGUGUCUGGAAGCAAAGAAGCUCAGUUUGAAGUGAGUCAGAACAAUGGCGUCCUGUAUGUGCACAGAAACAUCGACAGAGAGCAGGUCUGUGAGAACGUGUCCCCCUGUCUGAUCAACCUUAAACUAGUGGCUGAGAAUCCCAUGGAAAUACAUUAUAUUGGAGUGGAAAUUAUUGACAUAAAUGAUAAUUCACCGAGCUUUCAGGAGGAGGAGAAAAUCUUAGAGAUUUCUGAGUCUGUUCUCCCAGGGAGACGUUUCCAGCUGCCAAACGCGCAUGAUCCAGAUGUUUCUCUUAAUACAGUGCGUGUUUAUAAACUAAAUCAGAACGAUUUUUUCAGUUUACAAAUUCGAGAAAGUGGAGAAGUCAAGGUACCACUUUUAGUUUUGCAAAAGGCUCUGGAUAGAGAAAAGGAUAAUGAACAUAAAUUGACUCUGACAGCUUUAGAUGGUGGGAAUCCUCCCAAAUCAGGGACUCUGAACGUCACAGUCACAGUCUUGGAUUCAAAUGAUAACCAUCCUGUAUUCAGUCAAGAUAUAUAUUCAGUUUCAAUAUCUGAAAAUGUCAAAAAUAAUACCAGCGUAAUUACGGUUAAUGCGACAGAUUUAGAUGAAGGUGUGAAUGGAGAAACUGAAUAUGUAUUUGGUAAUGAGCUUAAUGCAGACUUAUAUAAUAUUUUCAGUUUAAAUAAAGUCAGUGGGGAAAUAAGAACAAAAGGAAAUAUUGAUUUUGAAAGGACAGAUAUUUACAAAUUAGAAGUCCACGCUAAUGACAAAGGACAUCCUCCGAUGGGUGCAGACUGCACAAUAAUCAUAAAAGUGUUGGAUGAAAAUGACAACGAGCCAGAAAUAGAAGUGACUUCUCUCUCUAAACUGGUUUCAGAAGACUCCAAACCGGGGACUGUGGUUUCUUUAAUUAGUGUCAAAGACCAGGACUCGGGUCUAAACGGUAAAGUGAUCUGCAGUCUUUCAAAUAAUGUUCCAUUUGAUUUAAAACCAUCAUUCCAGGACAACAUGUACUCUUUAGUGUUAAAACAGCGUUUGGACCGAGAGUCAGUGUCUCAUUAUGACAUCACAAUAACUGCUAGUGACUGCGGUCAGCCUCCUCUGUCCACAUCCAGAACUCUGAGCAUUGAUGUGUCUGACGUCAAUGAUAAUGCGCCCGAGUUUUUACAUAAUCCAAUAGAACUUUAUCUGAUAGAGAACAACGUUCCUGGGAAUCCAAUUUGUUCUGUGUCUGCUUUGGAUAAAGACUUGGCUGAGAAUGCUGCUUUAAGUUAUCAUUUAGUCAGGGAGGAGAGCAGACAAAUGAAAACAACUGCAUUUUUGAACAUCAACUCAGAAAAUGGACAAAUAACUGCAUUGAAAAGUUUUGACUUUGAAAAUCUGAAAACUUUCCAGUUCCAAGUUGUGGCCACAGACUCUGGAGCUCUGUCUCUGAGCAACAACGUGACAGUGAACGUGUUCAUUCUGGAUCAGAACGACAACACAAUGGGAGCAGGAGGACAAAGCGGAGGGCUGCGGUCUUGGUGGCUCGCUCUCAGUUUCUCUGUGAUGCUCAGCUUGGUGGAUCCGAGUUUAGCUCAGAUAAAAUAUUCUAUCCCAGAGGAAGUCAAGGUGGGAUCUGUUGUUGGAAACAUCGCGAAGGAUCUGGGGCUGGACAUCAGUUCCCUACUGGAACGGCAGUUUCGCAUUGUUGCUGGAGCAGAGGACGUUCCGUUUACAGUAAAUCCAAACAAUGGCGUCCUGUUCGUGCAGGAAACGAUAGACAGAGAGAAAACAUGCGAGAGCGUGUCUCCUUGUCUCAUUAACCUGAAACUAGUGGCUGAGAACCCCAUGGAGAUACAUUAUGUUGGAGUGGAAGUUAUUGACGUUAAUGAUCAUUCACCGAGCUUUCAGGAAGAGGAGAAAACAUUAGAGAUUUAUGAGUCCACGCCCCCGGGGAAGCGUUUCCAGCUGCCCACUGCCCGCGAUCCAGAUGUGGCUGUGAAUACGAGAAAACAUGUUUUCCUCAACUGA